CCGUGGGCUGGCUUUAGGAGGUCAAAAGUAACAAGCAGCAAAAAAACACAAGCCAGGCGCCGGGAAAGCGCAGUGCCCGGGCAAAGAGCGAAGUUGAGCGGAGCAAGGUGAGUCCGGAAGCGGACUCUUGUGCAAAGGGCGUGGGAUCACGGGUGCUGGGGGGUGGGCACUGGGGGCAAAUGGUCGGAUAGGCCUGGGAUAGCUCAGUCAGUGGAGCAUGAGACAGUUAAACUCAGGGUCGUGGGUUCGAGUUCUGCGGAGAGACAGAAGAUUCCUGCAUUAGGGGGUUGGACUAGAUGAGCCUCAGGGUCCUUUCCAACUCUGCAGUUUGAUGGUUCUGUGAUUCCCCAAAGGGGCACAAGGUGCUGGGUUGGGUUUGUGAUCAAAAGUAGGAAGCUGGCAGUCGGGAGACAGGGCAGGGAAAGGUAAGGGGCAGCCACGUUAUCGUACAAGAGGUGGAAGGAGGAGGUGUCAGAAAGCAAAAGCAGAGCGGCACCAGGGAACAAGGGGCUGUGGGCAAGGUGGUGGUGGACUGCGAUUGGCACUGGGGUGAGUAGGCUCCAAGCCACAAGGACAAGCAAAAGGAUUGCAGUGUGGGAGCAAUUUGUCGUCCGGCUGGCAGAAGAUGGGUUGCACGGGGAGAAUGACAGAAUUGUAGGGUUGAAAAGGGACCCAACCCCAAGCAACAAAGGAGUCUUUUGCCCAGCGUGGGGCUCAAACCCACAACCCUGAGAUUAAGAGCCCCGUGCUCUACUGACUGAGCUAUGCAGGAGAGAUUAAUGCUUCCUGCAUUGUGGCAGCAAAAAGCAGGACAUAUGAGGGCCACACUUGUGGUGGGUCUCAGCCUUAGCCUGUGUACGCAUCAUAUAUAUUUAAAGCGCGUUUCCUCCUCCCCAAGGAUCCUGACAAGUGUAGUUUUUUGAGUGUGCUAGUUGUAUAUCUGUGAUGAGUAAACUACAGUUUCCUUGGGGGGGCGCAGGACGUGUUUUGAAUAUGCUUUAGAUGUAUAGGGUGUUCAGCUCAAAGGACUCAGUUACUUAGAGCAAGGGUAGGCAACCUAAGGCCCGGGGGCCGGAUGCGGCCCAAUCGCCUUCUCAAUCCGGCCCGCGGAUGGUCCGGGAAUCAGUGUGUUUUUACAUGAGUAGAAUGUGUCCUUUUAUUUAAAAUGCAUCUCUGGGUUAUCUGUGGGGCAUAGGAAUUUGUUCAUAUAUUUUUUUCCAAAAUAUAGUCCGGUCCACCACAUGGUCUGAGGGACGGUGGACUGGCCCACAGCUGAAAAAGGCUGCUGACCCCUGGCUUAGAGCGUGGUGCUGAUAACACUGAGGCUGCAAGUUCGAUCCCUGCAUGGGACAGCUGCAUAUUCCUGCAUUACGGGGGUUGGACUUAGAUGAUCCUUCCAAAUCUACAGUUCUAUGGUUCUAUGAUUCAGUGAAUUGGUCAAGGUAGGAAAGCAAGGUGCCCAUUAAACACUGAGGUAGAUUGAUGGAAAUCGUGGACAUUGGACCAGAAGAAUGGGAGUUUCUUAUCAGAAGAAGGCAGCAAAGUGUAUUAGAUACAGAGCACCAGAGUGCUGUUUGCAUGGGUAAGUCAAGCAGGUGGCAUCAGCGUGGCAUUGGCAACAGAAACCAGGUUUUCGGGAUGUGAUGUGUAGUUUGAAAAGUGCCAGUAAGGUAAGGAGGUGUAGCAGUUGCACGAGAGAGCUAUACUCCAGGCAGCAGGCUGCCCAGAAGUGGGCCAAUGCCACAUUGAAGAGAAGACACUACAGGGUCCAGUCAAACCUCAGUUGUCAAACAUAAUCCUGUUUGGCUUCCGAAAUUUUCGACAACCAAGGCGCAGCUUCCGAUUGGUUGCAAGAACUUCCUGCACACAAGCCAGACGUUCAGCUUCCAAAAAACGUUUGAAAACCAGAGCAUUUACUUUUUCAGCAUUCAGGAGCCGAAACGUUCCAAAACAGAGGCGUUCAGUAGUCGAGGUUUGAAUGUAUGAGGUAAAAAAAGUUAAAGGACCACUGGACAGUUAAGUCCAGUCAAAGGCGACAAUGGGGUUGCAGCACUCAUCUCACUUUCAGGCCGAGGGAGCCGGCGUUUGUCAGCAGACAGCUUUGCGGGUAAUGUGGCCAAGCAUGACUAAACCACUUUUGGUGCGCACGGAAACGCCAUUUAUCUUCCCGCUGCAGCGGUACCUAUUUAUCUACUUGCACUGGUGUGCUUUCGAACUGCUAGGUUGGCAGGAGCUGGGACAGAGCAACGGGAGCUCACUCUGUUGUGGGGAUUCGAACUGACGACCUUCUGAUCGGCAAGGCCAAGAGGCUCGGUGGUUUAGACCACAGCGCCACCCGGUCCCCUAUAUAAUACCAAAGGGUAUCAGCCCUUUGGAAUCUCCCCUUCUGGGAUGCCCCUGGGGAACAAGGACCACUUGCACAUGAGAGACGCAGAGGGAUGGCAGAAGUAUCUUGACUGAGAGACAGGAAAGUGAAAUUCUCCCAGAGUUCUCCAAACUGGAAGAGCAAAGGAAAACUCCCAGUGAGAGCUGGGAGAGUCUGUAAUUCUCUGUGGAGGUGGGGAUUAAGAAGAUUGUACUUGGGCACUGUUUUUGUACUUUAGAUAGGGGCUGGCAGGGGAGUUGGUAGGCUUUGAAAGAACUACAGUGGUACCUCAGGUUAAGAACUUAAUUCAUUCCGGAGGUCCGUUCUUAACCUGAAACUGUUCUUAGCCUGAGGUACCACUUUAGCUAAUAGGGCCUCCCACUGCCGCUGUGCUGCCGCCGCACGAUUUCUGUUCUCAUCCUGAGGUAAAGUUCUUAACCCGAGAUACUAUUUCUGGGUUAGCGGAGUCUGUAACCUGAAGUGUAUGUAACCUGAAGCGUCUGUAACCUGAGGUACCACUGUAUUUGGAUUUCAUCCAGAAUGUUUAGGAUAUAUAUCUAUAUAUCUAUAGAUAUAGAUAUAUACACACACACAAGAUUACAAAGCUGAAAGCUCCAGCUAAAAUCAGGCUCGUGUCACAGCACCACAGAAAAAAAAAAGUUGCUGUGUGCCAGCCUGUCAAAAGGUGCAGACAUCGGGCGUCAUCCUGGCUCCCCGGUAUCUUCACUUGGUUGCAAGUGGCGGAUUGCCAGGUGCCAACCUGGCGAAUUUCAAAUGCUGGUUUCAUCACCCUUGCACUGUCCCUGUGAGAACCGGCAGCAAACGAAUCUCUUUACCUUUCUCCCUCCAGAGCCUUUGGUUUUCCUCAGCACCUCUGCUUUUCUUCCAAGAUUGGCGGCGGCGGAGACAAUGGGGAUGAAGGAAGAAGAACCCGAUUACCAGAAGCAGUUUGACGCUGCUGUCCGUGUCAUUCAAGGCUUGCCCAAAAAUGGUGAGAGCCCAUUUGGGGAUGCUCUGUGGUUACUUGCUGUACCUGCUCCACAGACCUCUGGCAUCAAGUUCUCCAAGCUUGUCUGUACAGCCAUAAGGAGACAACGACAACAACAACUUUUGAAAACCCCAAAAAGAAGCUGGGAUUCUCAAGAGCUGGAACUUAGAUUCUUAGUUUGAAGCUUGCAUAGUUCCCUUACUGCUGUGUUAUACUCCCUGAUUCCCUAUCCUCACCAGGAUGGGUUAUAUUCCAAUUUACUGUGUAUGAAAUGUUAAUGUUCUGGAAGCUGCCCAAAAAGUGGCUGGGGGAACCCAGUUAUAUGAGUGGCAUAUAAAUUGUUGUUGUUGUUGUCAGAUGGGUGGCAUAUAAAUUGUUGUUGUUUGGCGGCAUAUAAAUUAUUAUUAUUAUUAUUAUUAGGUGGCAUAUAAAUAAAUUACUACUACUUACUACCACUGCUGCAUGCUGCUUACAUGCCAGAACAGCUUCUAAGCAAUUUACAAGUAUAAAAUCAAUUACAGAAUCCAUACACACAAACUAUAACAAUUCCAUCCAAACGUUUUUGAAAGCCGUAUUUAAAAUGCACACUACUACCAAGCCUAUUAAAAACAUAAUUAAUUGAACAAUUAAAACAGAUCAGGAAGUUCAAGCUCAGUCUUUUAAUUAAUAAUUAAUAAAUAAUAAUACAGCCUGCUCUGUCCCAACUCCAUUCCUUUUCAUGACAUUUUGGGGCUACUAUCGGGUUUGGUGCCGUGCACGAUCAUGCGUCAUUCGGACGCACCUAAAUCGAGAGUUGCAUGUACUGAAUUUGAACUUCCUGAUCAAUCUGUUUUAAUUCAAUUUAAUUGUUUUGACUGUUUUGGUUUUUAACGGGCAUGAUUGAUUGUGUGUUUUAAAUGUGGGGUUUUAAACGUUUUGAUGGAACUGUUUUAGUGAGCAGAGAUUUUAUAAAAUUAUAGUUGUAAGUGUAGGCCACUUAGAAGCUAUUCUGGCAUGUGUCUUAUAAAGAAGAAUGUUGUGAGUUUUAUUUUAGGGGGAGGGGGUUAGGUUCAUCUUCUAAUUCCUGGAUUCAAUUACUGGAAUCGGUAGGUGAGCCUGGGGAAUGGGUCAUUAAGAGAAACAAAGGGGGUGGCUCUGUGCCAGAAGACAAAUGGGUGGGUCUCUCCCCCCCAAAAAAACCCCGUCUGUUAGUUAGAAAGACAAAAGCCAGAGUUUAGGUCUGUGUGAAAGAGACCUGGGUAGAAGCAGGCUGCAGGCAGAAGCCAUAGAGCAGUAAUGUCCAAACUUGGCCCUCCAGCUGUUUUUGGACUACAACUCCCAUCAUCCCUAGCUAACAGGACCAGUGGUCAGGGAUGAUGGGAAAUGUAGUCCCAAAACAGCUGGAGGGCCAAGUUUGGCCAUCACUGCCAUAGAGGGAGAGACAUCAUCAUCAUCAUUAUUAUUGAAUUUAUAUACCGCCCUAUACCCAGCGAUCUCAGGGCAGUUCACAGACUAAAAUCAAGAUAUAAACCCACAAAAUACAUAAUAAAAAUACAAACAACAACCCAAUAGCUCCCCCCCCCAAAAAAAAACACAUUUUAAAAGGGCAUAGGAUGUAAAUUGGAUCAGCCAAAGGCCUGGUUAAAAAGGAAUGUUUUUGCCUGGUGCCUAAAGGUGUGUAAUGAAGGCACCAGGCAAACUUCCCUGGGGAGAGCAUUGCACAGAUGGGGAGCCACUGCAGAGAAGGCCCCGUUCUUAUGUUGCCACCUUCCGGAUGAUUCUGACCUUACCCGCUUUUCUCAGGUGCCUACCGACCAUCCUACGAAGAAAUGCUACGCUUCUACAGCUACUACAAGCAAGCCACAGUGGGUCGGUGCCAGAUCCCCAGGCCAGGAUUUUGGGAUCCUAUUGGCAGAUAUAAAUGGUAAGAAGGGCCAGGACCAACAUCUCCUUUCAGAACUUAGUGAGGCACUGACUUUGUUUGAACUUAGCCCCUGAUCCUGUUUUCAACAAAUGGACCAGCCUUGCAACGCUGGUACAAAGUACUGCUGUUUAUCUGAUGGGCAUGGGGAUAAGCUAGUAUUGCUCCAAUUGCAUGGGCAACUGUUGCAAUUAUGGGCUUAAUUUUAGAUGCUGGCUUUGAUCCAUAAAGGCUUACAUCUCCCUGUAUUUGGCCUGUGUCAAGUUGCAGUCGGGUGAUCAAGUACUGCCUUUGAAAGAAAAACAAAACAAAAACGCCCUUAUUGCAAGAGAUUAAAACUGUAAGAAUGAGAAGCAGGGCUUUCAUUGCAGUGGCCCCCUACUUUUGGAAUGCCCUGCCUUUUGUUCUGAGCAGGAGCUAAUACCGAGCCGUUUCCCUUAAGAACUGCAAGCAAUCAUUUGAUUUGGUGGCCUCUUGUUCUUACAAUGGCCACCUGCCAGUUGUUAUUUAUUAAUAAAAUAACCAUGCCGUUUUUAAAUACAGUGGUACUUCAGGUUAAGUACUCAAUUCAUUCCAGAGGUCCGUUCUUAACCCGAAACUGUUCUUAACCUGAAGCACCACUUUAACUAAUGGGGCCUCCUGCUGCCACCGCGCUGCCGGAGCCCGAUUUCUGUUCUUAUCCUGAAGCAAAGUUCUUAACCUGAAGCACUAUUUCUGGGUUAGCGGAGUGUGUAACCUGAAGCGUAUGUAACCCGAGGUACCACUGUAGUGCAAAUCAUAGAAUGGCAUUGAAUUUUACUCAGUAUUGAUCAAGAGUAGAUUUCAAUGUAUAGUUAGCAGAGUCAAAACUUAAAACACGUCGCAGGAUUCCCAAAAAAUAGACCAGAGGCAAUUGUAUUUCAUCCAGCAGAGUUUUACUGCAACUGAAGGCAAAUGAGCAUAAUGGUCACAAAUCCAAUACAUUCAGGAUUGGCACUGUCCAUAGGAAAUCCAGUUGCAGCAGAUUUAACUUAAACUUACAAUAACUUAUAAUAAGUCUAAACCUUAACACUAAGCAUACAAUCAUACCUCGGCUUGCGAACUCUGCAAGUUGCGUGUUUUUGGGUUACGGACUCGCCGAACCCAGAAGUACUGAAAUGGGUUACUUCCGGGUUUUGGCGCAUGUGCAGAAGCACUAAAUCACGCUUUGCGCAGGCGCAGAAGUGCCGAAUUGCAUCACGCGCGUGCGCAGACGUGGCGCUGUGGGUUGCGAACGUGCCUCCCGCACAGAUCACGUUCGCAACCCGAGGUUCCACUGUACUAUGUGCAGAACAACACACCAGAAGGAAAAGACAUAGAAAGAGAAAGUGAAACUCGGGCUCCUUCUGGCCUUACUUUUAUAGUCAGCAUGACCUUCACAGAAAGAGAUAAGAGAACCAGUUUAAAUCAGCUGUACUCAGCUUCUCUGAAGGAAUAACCCAAACAUCAUGAACCUUCUUGCUUCUUUCACACAGAGAAGCUUCCAGAAUCCUCUUGAAUUUAUUAGAAUAGGGAAGAUCUCUACACAUCAGAUCAAUACUUUCUGCACAAAGAAAUGCAAACUGACAUAGAAUUCUUAGAAUCAUAGAGGUAGAAGGCACCCUGGGCAUCUAGUCCAACCCCCUCCAAUUCAGGAAUCUUUCACCCAACAUGGGGCUUUGAACCCACAACCCUGAGAUUAAGAGCCUCGUGCUCUACCAACUGAGCUAUCAUGCCGUGUGUGUGUGUGUGUGUGUGUGUGUGUGUGUGUGCGCUGUUUGGGACAUACAGUGGUACUUCGGAUUACAUAUGCUUCAGGUUACAGACGCUUCAGGUUACAGACUCCGCUAACCCAGAAAUAGUACCUCGGGUUAAGAACUUUGCUUCAGGAUGAGAACAGAAAUCGUGCUCCGGCAGUGUGGCGGCAGCGGGAGGCCCCAUUAGCUAAAGUGGUACUCUCAGGUUAAGAACAGUUUCAGGUUAAGAACGGAUCUCCAGAACGAAUUAAGUUCUUAACCUGAGGUACCACUGUAUGGGAAAGUGAAUGUUUAAAAUUAAUCAAAACGAGAAGUAAAAAUAUUCUGAGUUAUGCAUAGACUUUCUGAAUAAUCGCAAGAAUAAUAGAGGGCUGCUAAUUCAGAGAACCCGACUUUCAGGCAGGUGUGAACUCUUGGCAUCUUUCUUUCCCAAAAUUAAGCACCUGUCCCCCCCAGGUAAGAAGUUAUGUUUGGCUUUUUGGCAGGGAUGCAUGGAACAGCUUGGGGAAGAUGACCAAAAUGGAAGCCAUGGCAGCUUAUAUCGCCGAGAUGAAGAAGGCUGCUCAGAAGGUAGGAAAUGGGGAACACCCUCCUCUUUCAGGCCUGGUCUGCCUGGUUGGGUCGCCAUGGAAACUCCUUACAAUGAGAUAUGAGUAGGCUGCAGCUCAACCCUAACAGCGAUUCAACGGCAGAAAUGGCAAGGAAGGCACCUCAGGGUUUGGGCUUGAACAAAUCUCUGUGGGUAGGGGAUUUCGGAGAGCCUUUGGCUCUGAAAUGAAGGAGUUCAGCAUGAAGGAACCCAGCGGGUUUUUGAACAAAACCAAAGUUUUGUGCCGUUUUAAAACGUGUCAGAUGUUUGUGAGAUUCAAAGUGAAAGUACAGCUGAGAUCCCUGAGAGAUGUUUUAAAAUGCACAAACCACCAGGCCUGAUGUUUAGACUUCCUGAUAAGACAUCGGCUGAGUUCUGCUUUGAAUCCUCUAAAUGCAGCAGCCUACUCCAGUGGCAAUGUUGUAAAAUAAAUCCAAGUGAGAAGGGGUCAGAUUUACACUUCUGCAAGAAAUUUUGCUUGAGAGCCCUUGUGUGGGACUCUCGGUGGUCCACGAUCCGGGGGAAAAGUUAGGUCCAGACUUCAACAUUGCUGCAGCAUCAGGUUCAAACAGACCGGUCGCUGGAUCCCAGGGAAUGUUCUUGUACCACACGGGAUCCUCUCUAGGACUUUUUGGCAGGUCAUCAACACCGUGCCGUUGGAUGAGUCGUCGGAGGACAUGUUUGUAUACUUCGAACCCCUCUACGAAGUGAUAAACGAUAUGCCCAGGCCCCCAGACUCCUUCUUCAAGAAGAAAACAGGUAUGUCCGUUAGCAGUGACAGAGGGGUGCGUGGGUUCUCCAGCUGUUAUGAUGUGUGCUUCAAGACCACAGAUUUUUUAAAUAAGAAUGUAGACGUCACCUCCCCAGCUCCUCUUGGACACAACCUAUGCAAGCUUUGCAGGUGCUUCCAUCUAAUCUGGCCUCCGUAAAGUGUGUCUUUUCUGCAAAGAGCUUGUUCAGCAUGUUUGAGAGUGGAGCCUCGCAGCGAGGGAGUCUUGGCUGGAUGACCUGCUUUCAGGUCAUUCCCCAGCCGUGCAACUGUAGGAAAAGGGAUCCCUAAUCUCAGCUGAUCCUUGUCCCUCCCUGAAAUUUCUCAGGUGCCAAUUUGCAUUCAUCAGCUGGGAGUGAAGCAGUCCAACCUGCUUGGUCUUGCUUAGGGUUUGGGCAACAUAGACAGCCCCCACCCCCAACUUUGCUGCAGGAUUUUUGUUGGCAGGGAGAGGGGAAAAAGAAGACUUGUGAUUCAGCGCAUGAUGGGUUUCCUUCUCUGAAUAACUUCCCUCCCGGCCUUGUUUUUUCCUCUCAAAGAUGGUGAAAUAUACUCGGAGUCGAGAGUGGAUUUCAUGCUCUUUAUUCAGCUCGUAGUGGUGAGGAGGAAUGGAUGUUCCCCCAAAAUAUCUGCUUUAUAUACAUUAUUUACACAAGGGGCUGCACGUGAUUGGCUAAUUCCGGGAUUCUCCUGUAGGCCAAUCAGGUUGUGGAUUCACUUCCACUUGGAGCUGGAUUGGGUGGCUCCUGUGGACCAAUCAUACUGCUGCAUUGUUCUGGGACCAAUCAGACUGCUGCAUUCUGAAUCCUAUUGUUCUAGGACCAAUCAGACUGCUGCAUUUUGGGUCCUAUUCAACUCAGUACAUAACAGAUGGGAAGGACAAAGCAGGGAAACUUGGGACAGUGGAAGGGGUUUGGAUUUUAGUCUAUAUUGUGCGAGAUGCAUAUCAGGAGCUUCCCCUCCCCUUGCCCGUUUCAUUCUAAAAUCUUGGCAUGCGCAACUCUUCUGUAGAGCACUUUUGACUUCCUCACCCCCAUCGAAAAGAUCUGGCCCACCUCCCAGCUGUUAUCACUCUUCUUACAGUGUAAACAGAAGCCCUGUUGCUGCCUGGGUGGAGAUAACAGCACUGCCAACGGGGUUAGCUUCACAGUCAAAAAGUGCCCAUCGGCGCUCCCUCUACUAUGUUGGUGGAUCCUUGGCUGUGGGCUUGCAUGGAGCAGCAGACUGUUCAAAGCCGCAGUUUUAAAUUUCCCACACUUUACAGCAGGAGCAUUGUGGGAAAUUUAAAUGGCGGCUUACAAACCCACCGGGUACAGGGAGCUUGAGACAGCCAUCAGCGCCCUCAUCUCUGGGACCACUGCAGCUGCCCAGGGAUUCUGGUAUCUGAUGCUGGAACGGACGUCCAUUUGUUUCAGCAAAGCUUGUGCAAGAGAACUUCCUAAUGGACUGUGCCGUAAACAUCAGCACCGUCUACCUAUUCAUGGAACCCCAGACAGGCCAUCUGAGCUAACAGUUUCAUCUAGCUCUAGGUUCCCCAAAUUUGGGUCUCCAGCUGUUUUUGGACUACAACUCCCAUCAUCAGGACCAGUGGUCAGGGAUGAUGGGAAUUGUAGUCCAAAAGCAGUUGGAGGCCCAAGUUUGGGAAACCCUGAUCUAGACUCACAGAAAAACCAGUUUGCUCUUCCUGGGCCUUUUAUAUGGAGCCUGUCAUUUGGUGGUAGAUUAAAUAUUUUAGCCGGAUUUGUAGCCAACACCCUCAAAUCCGAGUUACGGUUUAGUUGACAAGCCUCCCAGGAAUGCUAAUCCAGUUUUUAUUGAACUUCAGCACCUUUAUCUUAGGGGAAGUUGAUCAUAUUCAUUGACUGCAAAGUCCAUUGUAAUCAAGAUGGUGGGAGAAACAGGCAGAUUCCCUUUUUUAUUGCCCUCCUGUUCCACCCCCACACCGAAGACACUGGCAGCUCCUAGAGAAGGCCCUUGGAAACAACAAGUGUGUGUCCAGACCCACAGACUAUGAAAGAGCAGUAGUUUUGUGGAAUUAUCCUGGUUCUCUUGUCAAUGCUUAUGGGGAUAUCCCUGGUGAGAGUUUGCCCCUGUUUGUGCAAAAGGUACGCUAGCCUGACUUCAGCAGGGGCUGGGCAAGCUCAAACAAUGGCUAAAAGAACAGGCAAUAUUUCCAAAACUGUAUGGCGCUGUGGGUUAAAUCAUAGAGUCUAGGACUUGCCGAUCAGAAGGUCGGCGGUUUGAAUCCCCGUGACGGGGUGAGCUCCCGUUGCUCGGUCCCUGCUCCUGCCAACCUAGCAGUUCGAAAGCACGUCAAAGUGCAAGUAGAUAAAUAGGUACUGCUCCAGCGGGAAGGUAAACAGCGUUUCCGUGCGCUGCUCUGGUUCGCCAGAAGCGGCUUAGUCAUGCUGGCCACAUGACCUGGAAACUGUACACCGGCUCCCUCGGCCAAUAAAGCGAGAUGAGCGCUGCAACCCCAGAGUCGGCCAUGACUGAACCUAAUAGUCAGGGGUCCCUUUACCUUUUAUGUGUGCUUGUCAUUGCUGGUUGUGCCAUAGGAAAUGAAUGAAUUUAAAGAAUCAAAGGCUCCUAUGAGCUCAAAAUGAUCUGCAGUAGAGACUGCUUGCUAUAUCUCCGAAUGCUUCACUACUCCGGACAUUUGAUCCUUUAAACCGGGGGGGGGGGGUACCUGUGGACCUCCAGAACUUUCCGGACUACAGCUCCUGAUAUUCCUGACUGUUGCCCAUGUUGGAGUUGAGUUCGAGACCACCUUGAGGGCUACAGGUUCUGCACCACUGCUGUAAAUGGCUUUAAUUCAAGGGUGGGUAGGUCUGCCGUAUCAAGGUAUUGUGACUCGUUCAAUCACAAACAAACAUCACCUGUCCUGGUUGGAGUGGAAGCGGUUUACCCUUCAUCUCCUCUGAGGUCAGAUGCUUCUUGGGGUCUGGACCUUAACCUAAUCCAUCCUACCCCAUAGGCCAUUUUGACAGGUGGUUGUGGUUGGUGUUAGGUGACCCUGAAGGUAAAGGGACCCCCGACUGUUAGGUCCAGUCAUGACCGACUCUGGAGUUGCGGCGCUCAUCUCGCUUUAUUGGCCGAGGGAGCCGGCGUACAGCUUCCGGGUCAUGUGGCCAGCAUGACUAAGCCGCUUCUGGCAAACCAGAGCAGCGCACGGAAACGCCGUUUACCUUCCCGCCGGAGCGGUACCUAUUUAUCUACUUGCACUUUGAUGUGCUUUCGAACUGCUAGGUGGGCAGGAGCAGGGACCGAGCAACGGGAGCUCACCCCGUCGUGGGGAUUCGAAACGCCGACCUUCCGAUCGGCAAGUCCUAGGCUCUGUUGUUUAACCCACAGUGCCAUCCACAUCCCCUAGGUGACCCUACUUUGAUGGAAAUAAUUGGGUGGACACUCUAUAAGCAGUCUGUUGUGGUCAUCACCUUAAAAUCUUGAGAUGGCCUUGGGAAUUUCUGAGGUCAGAAAACGGGUGCCGUUAUUUGCGUUGUAGCCAGCGAACUUUAAGGUGCUGAUGCUCUCGUGUUUAAAUGAAAAGAUGGCAUCAAAGGUCUUGAAAAGGCUGCAGAGGUUUGUAGGAGAUAAUCCAGACCUUAUGGGCAGAUUUGAUGGACAUUCCCUUCUUUUUGUAGUGAAAACAGGCUCUGAGUCUGCCCCGCUCCACAACGGCUCUUUAAGGCAUAGCUGUCAAGUGUCCCUUAUUUGAAGGGACAGUCCCUUAUUCCAGCGCCAUGUCUCGCAGCUGUCCCUUAUUGAUAGAUGUCCCUUAAAUGUCCCUUAAAUGAUGUCCCUUAAAUUUCAAAGGAAGCAGCUCCUCUCCCUCCCUCCCUGCUGGCUAGGGAGGAGGGAGGCUCCAACUGUGUUGCUUGGCUCACCCAAUAAGAAGUCUAAGAACGACUGGGGGGUGGAGCUUGCAUGCCUUGUGUGUGGCUAGUUAAGGCAAGCUGAGGGGGGUUUUGAAUGCUGGACGCCAUUUUGUUGCACGUGCUGCUGCAAACUUUGCAGUGCAAAGCCAGGCCGGGGAGCCAUCUUAAGUUGAGGCUGCACAGGCCUUGUGGUGCAUGUGAUUCAGAUUCUAUUCAGUUGAACCUCUGGUUACAAAGUUGGUUGGACAGUGUUCUCGAAGCUACCAGCCUGAGUUUGACCAGACUGCAGGAGGACAGGAAGACUGGAGUGCCUGGAACAGGUGAGGCUGCAGGUCCCUUAUUUUGGUUGCUGGUCCCUUAUUUUCAAGGCUGCUGGUCCCUUAUUUUCAAAUCUGUAAGUUGACAGCUAUGCUUUAAGGGGACCAGCUGAGAACAUCCCACCAGAACACGGAGAGCGCAAUCAAACAGGCAAGAUUUACAGAUAUUCUAGCCAAAUGCCUAUCAUGAUGACAGGUGGGAUGUGUGCAGAGAAAGUGCUUUAAUCCUUCAGCAAUUCCUGCAAGACACCAUGCAUCUUUAUGAACUCUGAGCAGACUGCAACAUCCUUGUAAGUGAUGGCCAAGCUGUGCAGCGUCAGAGCCAGCAGACAGGGUUUGCAGUAACCUCAGGUGUCCCCAAAGCAGCCCCACUUUGUAAUCCACUCACAGGGAAAAGUUAUCCGUGGAUAUGGAAGCUAAUAAAAGAUGCACUCAGGCACACCAUUGGAGGUGAGAACUAACCUGCUGCCUGCUGUUCAAGGUACCAGCCAUUAAGAAUUAAGCCUGCGCUUUUUGGUUCAAGGGUAUUGUGUUCCCUGGUCACAUUAGAGUGGGACAGAAAUGUUGGGAAAUAAUUUAAUUAGGAAGGAGAGGUUCUCUUUUUUAUUAUUAUUGUGGGUGUAUUUCGACAUAACCUGCGGUGGCGGUGAGGAUCUCGAUGUGCAAAUUUGUAGCUCUGCUUUAAGAAAAGAAAACAAACCCAGGUGUCUAGAGAAGCAAUGUCGGUUAAACCAGUUUUAAAAUCAGUUUAGGGUUCAAGUAUGGACAGAGCCCAAGCUGGUUCAUAUUCCCACUUUGAGCAACAAGGGGUUGAUUUGGGAGGGGGAGCCCCUGCCAUCCCUCCUCCCCCAACGUGAUAUGCCAAAAUCCAGCAUCUAAGUCGGGGUUUCUCCCAGUCACCAACAUCCUUGACCUUCUAGCUAGGGAUGAUGGUGACUGGGAGUGGCCGCUGAGACCACAUAACACCGGUCCUGAAAGACCUUCAUUGUCUCCCAGUACGUUUCCGAGCACAAUUCAAAGUGUUGGUGCUGACCUUUAAAGCCCUAAACGGCCUCGGCCCAGUAUACCUGAAGGAGCGUCUCCACCCCCAUCGUUCAGCCCACACACUGAGGUCCAGCUCCAAGGCCCUUCUGGCGGUUCCCUCGCUGCGAGAAGUGAGGUCACAGGGAACCAGGCAGAGGGCCUUCUCAGUAGUGGCGCCUGCUCUGUGGAAUGCCCUCCCAUCAGAUGUCAAGGAAAUAAACAACUAUCUGACUUUUAGAAGACAUCUGAAGGCAGCCCUCUUUAGGGAAGUUUUUAAUGUUUGAUGUUUUAUCGUGUUUUUAAUAUUCUGUUGGCAGCCGCCCAGAGUGGCUGGGAAUAAAUAAUAAAUUAUCAUCAUCAUAGUCCAAAAACAGCUAGACACCCAAGCUUGGGAAACCCAGAUCUAAGUUAGGUGCCUUUUCCUUGGUUCACUGAAGGACAGCUUGAUUCUUGAGCCUUCAUGAGCUGCGCAUAGCCUAAGCAGUGGGAUCAAAGCUCAGCUCUUUGUCCUUCUCUUUUGCAAAUCAGAUGAAAUGUUGAAUCCGAGUUGCUACGCAGCCCAGAUCCAAAACCUUCUGCGACAGUGUUACAGAAGAUACCCAGUUCAUUUUGUGUGUGUGUGUGUGUGUGUGUGUGUGUGUUUGUGUGUGUGAAACCCACUAUAGCAUGAAAGAAAUACGAAGCACCUUGUUUUUGGAUUUAGCACACAUUUGAGGAUGUGAUCAGAAUAUGCACACCUGGUUUUCUUGGCCUUUUAUCUAUCAUGGGUCAGAUAUUGAGAACAAAGGAUGGAGGCUCCCGAGCUCUUUUCACAUCUGGACAUUGACCGGGAAGAUUAGACACCAAGAGGACAAUAAAUGUGAAAAAGAAUGGAUUAACUUUAUAGUAAACACUUAAAAAUGUAAAGACUUAAAAACGUUAGCAGGAUUGGAUUAGCACUUGUAAUAUAAUUUGAUAAAGGGUAUUAAAAAAGAGAUCUAAUAGAUUGUAUAAAAGUAUUUAGACACAGAAAAGAGAAGAGAUAAUUCCAGUGGUACCUCGGAUUAAGUACUUAAUUCAUUCCGGAGGUCCGUUCUUAACCUGAAACUGUUCUUAACCUGAAGCACCACUUUAGCUAAUGGGGCCUCCUGCUGCCGCUGCACCGCUGGAGCACGAUUUCUGUUCUCAUCCUGAAGCAAAGUUCUUAACCUGAAGCAUUAUUUCUGGGUUAGCAGAGUCUGUAACCUGAAGUGUAUGUAACCUGAAGCGUAUGUAACCUGAGGUACCACUGUAUUGAAAACCAGGGAGAGGAGUGGGGGGAAGUCCAGGCGUCAGAAGAACCCCUAUAAAGAUACUGAAUUUGUUUAUAGAUUAAUGCAAAUAUUAAUAGUGUGUGUGUGUGUGUGUGUGUGUGUGUGUGUGUGUGUGUGUCUGUGUAACAUCUGGCCAUUCGGAUACAGUCAUACCUCAGGAUAAAUACACUUCAGGAUGAGCGCGUUUGGGUUGCGCUCCGCGGCGACCCGGAAGUAACAGAGCGCGUUACUUCCGGGUUUCGCCGUUUGCACAUGCGCAGACGGUCAAAAUAACGCCAUGCGCGGAAGCGGCGAAACACGGCCCGCGCAUGCGCAGAUGCGCUGUCGCAUCUUACGUUAUGUUCAGGAUGUGAACGGGGCUCCGGAACGGAUCCCGUUCGCAUCCCGAGGUACCACUGUACUUCAAUAUAUGACGGCUUGCACAAACUCCUAUCUGUACUUCUGUUUCUGAGCCAUACUCUUUAUCUCGCUGGCUAGGCUAUGCAGACAAAGAAAGCAAGAGCAUCCAUGUGCCCAGCGAUUCGGAGAGCGAGGUCUUCUUUGACAGCCUGGAACCCGGGGAACCCGAUGAGGUGAUGAUGACUAAUGGGGUGGGAGGUAAUUGUGAAGUUAACUACGAGUCUUCUUCUUACUUUUUGAUAGAUCUGAUCUAGAUUUUCUUUUGCUAUGAACAUGCUCUUGUUAAUUAAUUGAUUACAUUAAUUUGAUAAAAAUUAUACACUGCACGGUUGUAAAAAAAAAACCCACAACCCAGCCUCAAAGCAGUUUACCAAAGUUAAAACAGUAAAAUCAAGAAGAAUUUACAACUCUAUUUUAAAACAUACAACUUAAAAUACUAAAAAAGAAAAUGAGUUUAAUCUCCUCAUUGAGAUGGGCAAUCAUGUACUGAGCUGCUAAAUCAAACCAGAGCCGCUUUGAAGGAAGUAGCUAUUUUUUUUAUUAAAAAAAAAUUAUGGUACGAUUUGCCCGCCCCAAAAAAACUUUUAUAAAAUAUACCGAUUUAUGUGUAUUGAGGCAAAGUUUGCAGACUUGGGAAUAUUGAUAAAACUGAAACGAAACUCCAGCAACAACAGCAAUUUUAUUAUAUAUAACUGGCCCAUCUGGCUUUGUGUAAAUAGCUUGGUGGGUUAACUCACACACAUAUACAUUAAUUCACCUAAGGAAGGUCAAAUCUGCAAAGAACAAGAGACAGCGCAAUACUUUCCAUUAGUCUUAAAAUAAUGGAACACGAUGCAUCAUCUUAACGUCUGACCUUUGGUAUACUUUCCUAGCGAAGAAUGAAAUGGCUUUCAUUUGCCAACACUGUUAGGAAACCGGAACAGCCCUGCGCAUUCAGCCUUCUUGCUUUGCUGUAAUUCAAGUCACAACAGCUCUAAAACUUUAUUAUGACAUCCAGCUCAGAGCUAUUACUGGAAACAGUCCCUCAGGGCACAAUCCUUCCAUCUCCCCAGGGAACCCUGGGAAUUGUAGUUCUGCGGAAGGAAGGCUUGAUCAUUCUGUUACAGUGAACAACCAGCACCUCCACUGUCCCACGAUCUGUUGGAGGAAGUCAUAGCGGUUAAUGGAAAAGAGCUAGGAAAGAAAAAAAGUACCGUAUUUUUUGCUCUAUAAGACUCACUUUUUUCCCUCCUAAAACGUAAAGGGAAAUGUGUGUGCGUCUUAUGGAGCAAAUGCAGGCUGCGCAGCUAUCCCAGAAGCCAGAACAGCAAGAGGGAUCGCUGCUUUCGCUGUGCAGCGAUCCCUCUUGUUGUUCUGGCUUCUGAGAUUCAGAAUAUUUUUUUUCUUGUUUUCCUCCUCCAAAAACUAGGUGCGUCUUAUGGUCUGGUGCGUCUUAUAGAGCGAAAAAUACGGUAGUCUAGGCAUGCCCAUACGAUUUCAAUCCCUCUCUCGUUUCCCCCACAGGAUAGGAGGCUAUCAGCCAUGCCAAACCUCCCCCUGAACAAUAUUCAGAGUGGAGAGAAGACUGGAUAUAAGACUUCAGCAUCUUCAACCAGGGAAGGUAUAGACGCGAGACUAACGUUUUGACUUAAAAACACACAGGGGGAGACAGAUCCAAUGCAGGUCCUUGACUAAUACAGCUUUCUUCUUCUUCUUUGGCGAUCGCUCGUAGCCGAGUAAGAUUGUCUUCCAUAAACACGGUUCUAACAGUGAGUGCAUAAGUGACUGUGGAGGCCAAUUCUGGAUCCACACUCCUUUCCACAGUGGGGACACAGGUUUCCGGGCGGGAGUUGAUCACAAUGAGGGUUUGCCAAGUGUACCUUCCUCUUAGCGCGGUUCUCCCUUUUGAUCUGAGUUCAAGCGUCUUCAAAGCCCACGACACCUUUGGUAAAGGCUGAUCUCCAACUGGAGCACUUGCAGGCCAGUGUUUCCCAGUUGUCGGUGUUUAUACUACAUUUUUUAAUAUUUUACUUGAGUCUUUGAAUCUCUAUUGUCAUGGGUAGGCAAACUGAGACCCGGGGGCCAGAUCCGGCCCAAUCGCCUUCUAAAUCUGGCCCACGGACGGUCUGGGAAUCAGCGUGUUUUUACAUGAGCAGAAUGUGUCCUUUUAUUUAAAAUGCACCUUUCGGUUAUUUGUGGGCCAUAGGAAUUCAUUCAUUUAUUUAUUUUUCAAAAUACAGCCCAGCCCCCCACAAGGUGUGAGGGACAGUGGACUGGCCCCCUGCUGAAAAAUUUGCUGACCCCUGCUCUAUUGUUGACCACCAGCAUUACGCUUUCCAUUUUUAAGUUUGGAAUAGAGUAGUUGCUUUGGAAGACGAUAAUCAGCCAUCCGCACAACAUGACCAGUCCAAUGAUGUUGAAGAAUCAUUGCAGCUUGCACUGUUGGCAAGGAAAGGCCAUUUUCUGAUCUGUGAGUGCAAACAAGUCCCAGCGUAAUUAAUUCAGUUUGAUCCUGAGAUAAGUCUGUGAGGCAAUGUUCCGGAUCUGAUAGAAAGCAGGAGUUUUUGCUAUGAAGAAACGGCAGAUGUGCCAGGAGAGUCGGGGCUGUACAAUUGCCACCAUAACAGAAACAAACCUUUUGAGAGAAAGGCAAGCAAUGGGAGCAGAAGGCAGGAAAAGGGCAUCUCGUUCUCUGACCAGGAGGGCAUUAUAGGGUUCUGUAAAACCGUUUUAACUAACUUUAAUCAAUUUGUGUCCUACCAUGACCCAAAGCCUGGUCACACGCAUCUUGGGUCUUCUAUUGGCCCAGGAAGGAAGCCUCCAUUUUGCGGGGGGGGGGGGAGCGUAGAGGAGAGACUUGAUCUGGAUUAUGACAAAGGGUUAAAGCCACCUCACCCAGUGUUGUGCUUCCAAUGGAGGCCAGCCCCUUCCCCCCGCCCAUGGCAAUUUUGUUAAAAAGAGUUUUAUUGAAAUUCCAAAAACGUAACCACGAUAACAAACACAACUGAAAAUGGCAGUCAUUCAGCGCCGCUGCCUUUUAAGGUUCCGCCCCUUUAAGUCAGGGACGCGGGUGGCGCUGUGGGUUAAACCACAGAGCCUAGGACUUGCCAAUCAGAAGGUCGGGCGGUUUGAAUCCCCACAACGGGGUGAGCUCCCGUUGCUCAGUCCCUGCUUCUGCCAACCUAGCAGUUCCAAAGCACGUCAAAGUGCAAGUAGAUAAAUAGGUACCCCUCCGGCGGGAAGGUAAACGGCGUUUCUGUGCACUGCUCUGGUUCGCCAGAAGCGGCUUAGUCAUGCUGGCCACAUGACCCGGAAGCUGUACGCCGGUUCCCUCGGCCAGUAAAGCGAGAUGAGCGCCGCAACCCCAGAGUCGGUCACGACUGGACCUAAUGGUCAGAGGUCCCUUUAGCUUUACCUUACCCUUUAAGUCAUAUCUCUUCUGAUCUCUUUCUCCCUGUCCCAUGUUACAGAGAGGGGUCUCGGCAGCAGUGCGGGUGCCGUGAUCCAGCAAGACGUUGACCUGCACGUGAUGAGCGCCAUUCAAGCUUUGCAGGAGGACAUGAAGAAAGUGAUGGAGAGACUCGGCUACCUGGAAUCCCAGGCAACUUUCCAGGCACGUUGGGAGACACAUUCAUUUCUUUUAUAAAUAAAUGCAUUAAUUUUUCAGCACAGCUGGGGGGAAAACUUUCUGAGAUAUUGCAAAGCAUUGUGGAUGCAUUGUAUAAAAACUUACAGUCCCUAGCUCUCAUCUGGCAGUGCAUCUUCCUACACAUCUGGGAACAAGGAACUUGCUAAAACCAAAAUCACUUUUGCCAAUACAAGGGUGUCUGUGCAUUAUUAUCUUUAGGAGAAAUUCUCCUCUGUGCUGCUCUGGCAUCCGAGGUGCAUCUGUCAAGGACACAAGACAGGGCCUGCUCAGUGGCCAGAGAGCCAGUGUGGUGUAGUGGUUAAGAGCGGUAGUCUCGUAAUCUGGGGAACCGGGUUCGCAUCUCCGCUCCUCCACAUGCAGCUGCUGGGUGACCUUGGGCCAGUCACACUUCUCUGAAGUCUCUCGGCCCCACUCUCCUCACAGAGUGUUUGUUGUGGGGGAGGAAGGGAAAGGAGAAUGUUAGCCGCUUUGAGACUCCUUCGGGUAGUGAUAAAGCGGGAUAUCAAAUCCAAACUCCUCUUCUUCUUUUUCUUCUUCUUCUGCAGCUAGACUCUGAAACAGGGGUAGGCAAACUAAGGCCCGGGGGCUGGAUCAGGCCCAAUCGCCUUCUAAAUCUGGCCCACAGAUGGUCCGGGAAUCAGUGUGUUUUUUAUAUGAGUAGAAUGUGUCUUUUUAUUUCAAAUGCAUCUCUGGGUUAUUUGUGAGGCAUAGGAAUUCGUUCAUUUCUCCCCCAAAAGAUAGAUAGGUAGAUAGAUAGAUAGAUAGAUAGAUAGAUAGAUAGACAGACAGACAGACAGAUAGUCCGGCCCACUACAUGGUCUGAGGGAUGGUGGACCGGCCCAUGGCUGAAAAAGUUUGCUGACCCCUGCUCUGCAUCCUCCUGCCUUUGUCCCCUUGCUGAUGAUCUUUGGCCGAUAGGAUCAAUAACUGCUAAUGAUUCUCUCUUAUUUGCAGCCGACUGCCCAGUUUUAGAAACUUCAAACAGCCCCCCCUAGUGGAGAAGAUCUGGGUUCUUUUAUUAAUGGAGAAACUUUCCCACAAAUUAAAAGUUUCAGAAUCUUUAGGCAAAGGUUUUCUGGCUAUAAGGUUCCAUGUUAUGGAGAUAGCAACUCAGGGAAGCGGUUAUUUGACCCUGAGCGACACAUUACUACCCAUAUAGGUUUUGUGCUAUAGCAGUUGUACUCAGUUAGAACCAAUAAGAAGAGUUAAAUAUUUCGGUUGCAGGAAACAAGAGUUGUAUUUAUCCAUUCUGAAUUUUAUGGUUUGUGACCUGUAUCUGUUUAACCUCAUUGUGCAGCUGUUUCGUGAAGAUGGCCUUAACUGUGUUCCACACAAAUUCUUUGGGACGGUGUUAGCUGUGGCACUGUCCAGAGGGGUUCAGCUGUGGGGUUGUUGUUUUUUGAUGAAUCUAUUCCGAGUUUAUUCAUUACACCCAGAUUACCUUGCAUUUUUGCUUGUCUCUUUUCAUGGGGGGGCACAGUAUAAUCUUGUUGCUUUGCUGUUAUCAUUCUUGUAAUGAUCCUUUCCAGUGCUUUUUUUCUUUAAAAAAAUAUGUUUAGGGGUACUCUCAUUUUCCUACUCAUAUUGAAAUACUGUGCUGCCCCUCAAUGCGGCCAAACUUAGAUUCAUAAAAUGUAUAGGGGUAUGUGUCCCCCUAGAAAAAAAGCACUGAUCCUGUCAAACUUUUGUACAGCCGCCUGUGUGUCCCCCCCUUCAACCCUGCUGAAAUACGAGACAACAUAGUAUAAGGAGGAGGAAACAUUAGAAAAAUAUUUCCAUAAGAAGCUGAAAAGACUAGUGGAAAAUUAGAAAACAAUUCAGAAAACCCCCACAAAAGCUCACAAUGCAAUGUAUCCAUUCACAACUUUUUUUAUUUUGGUAAAAUAAAAGUGGACAAUAAUCCUGAGAAAGAACAGAGAGAUUAAUGGUAGGCAGCGUGAGUUAUGAAACUUUGUGCAAAACUGCCAAGGAUCCUUUUAUUUUUCAUUUUAAAAAUAUUUACAUAAUACUCUUUUUGGCCUUAGAAAACCCCUUUAAAAGAUCAUAGAUUGGAAAAGUGCACAGGCUUCUAGAUUCUCAUUGCGAUUUUUCUGCCAUUCAGGGUCACACGUCGAUGCUGAAUCCUUGUCGGCCAACCUCCUGGCACAACGGAAAGGUAUGUGGCAAGUAUUCUUAAGUGCGGUCCCUGUCUUUUAUCACUUUGAUGCAACCAGGCAUCUAAGUGGGUUGGCUUAAUUAAAGAAAACCAAACCAGAAACACAGGCAGCAAUCACAAAGAAGAGUGUGCCUCUGGGCAUGUGUAAAAUGCUUUUUCUGACCACCCUAAAUAGCAGCCCACCUGCUUGGAUCUGCUUGCCAUCAACCUGUUAAUCAGCAAGGAAAUGCUGAUCGAUGAACGAAGCUUCGGUCGAUUUCUCCCAUUUAUUAACCAACUCAAACUUGCACUCUCGCCUGACUGGUUAAUUGGAAUAAUGUAAGCCAGAAAGCAGGACUCCUUAUUGCGUCCUGGGAAGCAGCAGCAGCAGCAGGUGCCAUUCCGCCCGCAGUGCUUUCCCUUCAAUCCAGUCCAGGAUUUUACCCCCACCCUCUUCUCUCGUUCCCCAGGAACCGCCAGGUUGGCCCGCACAGCUGUCUCCUCGCACCUGGUUUUUCCUGCUGGCUUGGCCUUUCAUCAUCCAAUGGCUGCAUUGGUAUUUUCAGAGGAAGAAGAGGUGAAUUGCGCAAAGACAACAAACCCCCUUGGAAAAAGCAAAAGAAGCCCUGGCACUUUUGAACUCUGAACAUUCGACGCUUGCCAAUUUUCCAGCCUCACAGGGAUGGGCAUGCCUUGAAGGGUUUUUGCCUAACCCCAAUGCUACAAUCUUGGGGUGCGGGUGGGUGGUCAGUGGAUGGGGGAAGAUAUUUAAUCAAAUUUGGGUGGUGCUAACCAGUACGCUUUUUUGGGGGGGGGACGCAGGUGGCGCUGUGGGUUAAACCACAGAGCCUAGGACUUGCCGAUCAGAAGGUCGGUGGUUCGAAUCCUUGCAAUGGGCCGUUGCUCGGUCCUUGCUCCUGCCAACCUAGCAGUUCGAAAGCACAUCAAAGUGCAAGUAGAUAAAUAGGUACCGCUCCAGUGGGAAGGUAAACGGCGUUUCCGUGCGCUGCUCUGGUUUGCCAGAAGCGGCUUAGUCAUGCUGGCCACAUGACCCGCAAGCUGUACGCCGGCUCCCUCGGUUGAUAAAGCGAGAUGAGCGCCGCAACCCCAGAGUCGGUCAUGACUGGACCUAAUGCUCAGGGGUCACCUUCACCUUUACCUUUAAAUAAAGGAAGUGUGGGGGGGGUCAUCUGUGCAAAAAGAAACCGAGGGUCCCAGGGCUUGUUUAGUCGCACGCAAGGAGAAACCGAGGCUGGCACUGACAAUUCGAGCAGGCGACACGCAAUCAUUCAAGACUUCGCACGGCUCUGAACUGUGGGGUUUGUGGCAGGGGAUAGGCAGGGCUUGUGUUAACUAAUCCAAGGGGUGGGCCUUUUUUGCCGCAAUUCCCCUACCUGGAGAGGAGGGGGGGCGGAUUUUUUUGAACUCAGGGUACCUAAAGUAUUCCCAGCUGCGGGAAAUAGUCGGAUGCUAAUAAAAGAUACUGCAGUCCUCUUCUCCUUUUUCUCAGCUCAAAAGGCGUGGGGGUUCCGAUGCGAAUUAAAGAUUCCCCCCCCCAAAAAAAAAAUUGCUUUUGUGCCCCGUGCUCCGCUUGCCCGCCCUUCCAUUCUCAACCAAGUGAGAUCAGAAAAAGGAACACUCUGGUCAGGGCCAUGCCAUAUCUGUUCUGCCACCUGGAAAUAAAAUUUAAGGCUAUCACUGCCAGGCUCCCACAAUCUGCUCCAGAAACUGGAGUCUGGCCUUUGACCGUGAGGAAUCAACCCAUAUCAUACAUUUAUCUGCAGAGAUAGUCAGAAUAUGGCGGAAGGUAGAGGCCGGGUUGGGCAAAAACUGGCCUUACUUUCCGACGGUAUCCCCCCUAUCAAAAGAGCCGGAUUCUUUGCCACAACGUUUUUUCCUGUGGCAGGGAGUUCCACAGCUCAGCUUUCCUCAAGUUAAGCACAGGCAUUUGCUCUGGGGCCAUUGUGACUCAGCAGAAUUUGCUGAGCCAGAGGCUCUAAAUGGAGGAGACCUUUUCUAAUUUUCUCCUCCCAAGCUUCUAUGCCUCUCAAAGUUGAUCUUUUCCCCCUCAUCUCCCGUGAUUUCAUCUCCCAUUCUCCUUUCAUCCUCUACCUUAUUAUGUCUCCGCCCCCCCCCGCCCCGCAAAAUGCCUACGUUUCUUUCAUCCCUCGUCCUUUUACGUUCACUUCUUCCUCCUAUAACAGCUUUCGCCUCGUCAUCUUCCUUUCUAUUCCCGGUUUGUUUUAAGUAACGAUUAAUUUGUAUCUAUUCUUAUUAUAUAUUAACUUUCCGUCUCUUUCUAAUUCCCUUCAACACCUCCUCCAGACCUUUUCCCUCAGAGGAAGGAAGCCUUCCUUCUGGCCUCUUCAGCGAACAUCUCCAUCUCCCGGCCACCUCUAACCAGUAUGCAAGGAAUUUUUGGGGCUGGCGUUGGUCCAAGCAAGAGACUAGCGAGCAGGGCAGACAAGCGAGGGGGCAACAGGCACUGAGACCCACCUGAAAGUGGCCCAAAGCCCACUGGUGAGUCCUGAUCACCACACUGAUAAUCACCACCCACUAGUGUGCUUUUGGAGCGAUAGGUGUGGCCUGCAUAAAAAUAUAAAGAGCCGGCUUGCUGGAGCACAUCAAAGGCCCAAGGAACCCAGUGUGCUGUCUCCAAGAGUGGGCAGCGAAAAACUCACAAGCCUGGCGUGGGUGGAGGAAAAACUGCAUAAUACCACACUAAUAUACAGACAUACAAUGGUACCUCGGGUUAAGUACUUAAUUCGUUCCGGAGGUCUGUUCUUAACCUGAAACUGUUCUUAACCUGAAGCACCACUUUAGCUAAUGGGGCCUCCUAAUGCCACUGCCGCACCGCUGGAGCACGAUUUCUGUUCUCAUCCGGAAGCAAAGUUCUUAACCUGAAGCACUAUUUCUGGGUUAGCGGAGUCUGUAACCUGAAGCAUCUGUAACCUGAAGCGUAUGUAACCCAAGUUACCACUGUAUACACAGACACCUGCCACUUUGAGGACAGUUGUUCAAUAACUGGGAUAUAAAUG